AUGGAAAAAGAAAACUCUAAUAAAACUAAUGAAAAUUAUAAAAAUAUGGUUGAUUGUUAUUAUUUAUUAUUAAGAAAGUUCAAAAAAAAAAGCUCCUAUAUAGUAGAUGAAUUUUUAAUAAAGGAAAAUAAAGACAGUGAUGGAGUUUUAACAAUUUAUGAAGAUGUAAAUACAGAUUCAUUUUACUUCUUAAUUUUAUCAAUGAUUGAUUCCAAUUAUGAUAAAAUAAAUAUUCUAAAUGUUCAAAACGGAAAUAAUAUAAUAAAAGCACUUUGCUUUUAUAUGGAUAACAUAAAAAUAAAUGAAAUAUUAAAAAAGAAUACCAAAAAUAUAAGAAAAAAAAACUUUAAUAUAGAAAAUAAUAAUAAUAAUAUUACAAUAAAAAAAAAAGAAAUGGAAGAAAAAAGAAAAAGAAAAGAAGAAAAUAUUGAAAUUAUUAAAAAAACAUCUUGUAAUAUAAAUUCUUUAAGUAUAUUCAAUAGUAACAUAGAUUUAAAUGGAAUAAUACUUUUAUCUAAAUCAUUAUAUGAUAAUAGCUAUUCAAAACUAGAAAAUUUAUCCAUAGACUGCACUCCCUUGACAUUUGAUUGCAUUAAAUAUUUGUCUAUGUCACUAUGUAAUUAUAAUAAUUUAAAAAACUUAAGUUUUCAAUAUUGUAACUUAAAAAAUGAUUCCAUUAAAUAUAUAAUAGAUAUAAUAAUAUAUUUGAACUCCUCACUAUCUACUUUGAAUUUAUGUGGUAAUGCGUUUACUAGUGAAGGAAUGAGCAAACUUUUUGAAAGUUUUUUAUUAAAUCAAUCAUUAAUUAAUAUCGAUGUCUCUUAUAAUAUGUUUAAUUUAGAUAACUUAUUUACUGAGACUUUUUGUAAAAUUAUAAUUAGUGAAACAAGAAUUUCAAAUAUAGCACUAAUUGGAAAUUUUAUUGAGAAAUAUAAUAUGUGUAAAAUUAAUGAAGCAAUGAAUUAUAAUAAAAAUAUCUCAAUUUUAAAAUUACCUCAAGAUGUUGACAAUGAAAUACUAAAGGAAAUUAAUAUGAAACUAAUUAAAAAAAAGAGAAAAAAGAAAAAAAAAGAAAAAGGAAAUACUUAA